ACAAUCACAGCUUAAAAGUUUCCAUGCAACUUUAACAUCUGUGCAUUCUUGGUGAUAGUGUUAAACAGCAUUUCACCAAAAAUGUCUGGUGUAGCGUCUACCCUCGCCAAAAAAAGGGCACUGGCCGCAGGAUUUGGCACCAACGCUAAUGCUGUGAAAUACCUCAAUCAGGACUUUGACACGCUCAGAGCCCAAUGUUUGAGUCAAGGUGGACUAUUUUCGGAUCCAACUUUUCCAGCCGCACCCGAAUCGUUGGGUUUUAAAGAACUCGGCCCUAGCUCGUCUAAAACUAGAGGAGUGGUAUGGAAAAGGCCUAGAGAGUUGUGCUCACAUCCAGAGUUCAUUGUUGGAGGUGCCACCAGAACGGAUAUCUGUCAAGGAGCUCUAGGUGACUGUUGGCUUUUGGCUGCCAUUGCCUCUUUGACCCUUAAUGAGGAUGUCUUGGCCAGAGUGGUUCCCAGCGGGCAGGGCUUUGGAGACACUUACGCUGGAAUUUUUCACUUUCAGUUUUGGCAGUUUGGCGAGUGGGUGGAUGUUGUCAUUGAUGACAGGCUGCCAGUGAAAGAUGGAGAGCUGCUCUUUGUCCACUCUGCUGAGGGGACGGAGUUCUGGAGCGCCCUGCUGGAGAAGGCCUAUGCCAAGGUGAAUGGCUGCUACGAGGCCUUGUCUGGGGGCUCCACCACGGAGGGCUUUGAGGAUUUUACCGGGGGCAUUGCUGAGAAUUACGAUCUGAAGUCAGCUCCCACAAACAUGUUCCAGAUUAUCAGGAAAGCUCUGGAUGCUGGAGCUCUGCUUGGAUGUUCCAUUGACAUUACCAGUGCCUCUGAUUCGGAAGCUGUCACUCGCCAGAAGCUGGUGAAGGGCCACGCCUAUUCCUUAACAGGAGCUGUUGAGGUGAACUACCGUGGAGGAAAGGAGAAGCUGAUCAGGAUGCGUAACCCCUGGGGUCAGGUGGAGUGGACUGGGGCAUGGAGUGACGGUUCUUCAGAGUGGAACUAUGUUGAUAGCUCUGAGCGUCCAGUGAUCAAAGCAGAAGAUGGAGAAUUCUGGAUGUCUUUCAAUGAGUUCCUGAGGAACUACUCUCGUAUAGAAAUCUGCACGCUGACACCGGACACCAUCACCGAUGACUCGGUGAAGCACUGGAGUGUGUGUAACUACAACGGCAGCUGGAGGAAGGGCUCCACGGCGGGGGGCUGCAGGAACCAUCCUUACACCUUCUGGAUGAACCCUCAGUUUGUGAUCAGGCUGGAUGAGGAAGAUGAUGACCCAGAUGACAACGAAGUAGGCUGCAGCUUUGUAGUGGGCCUCAUCCAGAAAAAUCGUCGCAAAUUGAGGAAAGUAGGCGAGGACAUGCACACCAUUGGUUUCGCCAUCUACGAGGUUCCAGCACAGUUUCAUGGCCAGAGGGAGGUUCACUUGGAUAAAAACUACUUCCUGACACACGCUCAGAAGGCUCGGUCAGAAACGUUCAUCAACCUGCGAGAGGUCAGCACACGAUUCAAGCUGCCGCCUGGGGAGUACCUCAUCGUCCCCUCCACCUACGAUCCGCACCUGAACGGUGACUUCUGCAUCCGCGUCUUUUCCGAGAAGCAGACGGAGACAGUACCCUGUGAUGAUCCUGUGGAAGCAGUAUUGGAUGACGAUGUUGUGUCUGAUGCUGAGGUGGAUUCUGGGUUUAGAGGGUUGUUUACAAAGCUGGCUGGAAAAGACAUGGAGAUCUCUGCAACGGAGCUGCUAACUAUUUUGAAUAAGAUUGUUGCCAAACGAACUGACAUUAAAACAGACGGCUUUAGUCUCGAAACCUGCCGAGUCAUGGUGAAUCUCAUGGACAAGGACAGUGGAAAUGGAAAGCUGGGUCUGGGGGAGUUUGCAACUCUUUGGAAGAAGGUGCAGACAUACCUGGGUAUCUAUAAGAAGAAUGACAUGGACAACUCAGGCACCAUGAGUUCACCUGAGAUGCGUAUCGCCUUGAAGGAAGCAGGUUUUAAACUGAAUAACCCCAUCUACCAGCUUCUGAUAGCUCGCUAUGCUGAACCAGACAUGACCAUUGACUUUGACAACUUUGUGGCAUGCCUCAUGCGCCUGGAAAUGAUGUUCAGAGUCUUUAAGAAGAUUGAUGCACAUGAGACUGGCUUCAUAGAGCUUGACUUCCAACAGUGGCUUAACUUUUCAAUGAUCUAGAAGACCCUUAAACCACCCGGAAAGACGGGAAGCUAAAGAAAAAGUGUAAAGAACAAGUGUUAAACACCUAAAUAGGUAACACAUGACAGCUGUUAUUUCACAUUUUUGGGGAUUUUAUAAAAAUGUUGCAUGGUUUGUUAAGUUUGAAAACAUUACUUAUUCCUGAUAUAGUUCAUGUAGUCUACGACACAAGUACCAAUCUAGAACAAUCAAUUUGUUCUGUACCUUUUUUAAAGGCCAAACUUUGUGUUUUGUCAGAUAUGUAAUAUGAUUUACGUCUCACUCUCACGUCUUACUCAAUUCUUAAGAUUUGGUUUUCAAAUGUUUAUGUGCUUAAUUUACUAUAUUGCAGAGAUCUAUUAUGAUAAGUUUACCAGAAACAUACAGUAUUUGUUCAAGCAUUAGUGCUCCAUGGGACCAUGAGUCAGCAUCUGAAUACAAUAACUAAGGACAAUCUUGUGUAAAACUAUGGCAUUUAUUCAUCCUUCUUCAAAUAAACAAUUUGUUAAACUA